CGCUGGCAUCGCAUAUCGGCCAUCUCUAGUUUCGGAUCCCAAAGCCAAACACUUUUAAUUUUUUUUUCCAUUUACACAUUAAGUAAAAAAUUAGCUUAGUUGCGUAUAAUUACAGUCGACAACAGUUGCUAGCGUUGCACACACAUCAGAACAACGCACACGGAAUAUAUCCGGCGAAAUUUGCAGUGAACAAAAUCAAAACAAGUGAAAAUCGUCCAAGGAAAGAAUAAGAAAGACUUAAAAAAUGUCUGAACCAAACACCGAGACCGGCGGUAAUAACAACAGCGCCAUUAGCGGAAAGAAGUCCACGCCCUGGUACGAGCUAGCCAGCAGCAGUGUCAUCACCGACGAGCUGCUGGGACAAUGGCGCAAGAACUUCUACAGUGAACCAAAGAACCUGCUGGCGCAGAACGUCUGCUCCCGUGUGGACCCCUUUGACGUGUGCCUCUCGAGGAAGGUGCUGGAGACCACCAAUCAUGUGUUCAACUACAAGGUGGAGACCGAGGGCAAGCCGAUCACCAACCAAAGGAGCUCCGGAAGAUGCUGGCUCUUUGCGGCCCUCAACUGCAUUCGCCUGCCCUUCAUGAAGAACUACAAUCUGGAUGAGUUUGAGUUCUCGCAGGCGUUCCUCUUCUAUUGGGACAAGAUCGAGCGGUGCAACUAUUUCCUCAACAAUAUCGUGAAAACGGCGCAUCGAGGCGAGAAGGUCGACGGGCGACUGGUGUCCUUCCUGCUCCUAGAUCCCACCUCUGACGGCGGCCAGUGGGACAUGCUGGUCAACCUGAUAACCAAACACGGCCUCAUGCCAAAGAAAUGCUUCCCUGAGAGCUUUAGCUGCGAGUCCAGCAUACGAAUGAAUGCCAUACUGAAAAGCAAGCUUCGGGAGUACGCCCGCCACCUUCGCGUGCUGAUGGAUCAGAAUCCCAGGGAGGAGAUCACCGCUAAGAUUGAGGAGCAAAUGGCGGAGAUAUACAAGGUGGUUGGCAUCUGCCUGGGCAUUCCCUCCGAGACCUUCACCUGGGAGUACUACGAUAAGAGCAAGAACUAUCAGUCCAUCGGCCCGGUUAGCUCGCUGGAAUUCUACGAGCGCUAUGUGAAGCCCCACUUCAAUGUGGAGGACAAGGUGUGCCUUGUUACCGAUCCCCGGCCAACGAGCAGCUACGAUCAGGCCUACACAGUCGACUGUCUGGGCAAUGUGGUCGGCGGCAGACCCGUCCUGUAUAACAAUCAGCCAGUGGACCUGCUCCUGGCCGUUGUCACCAAGUCGCUGAAGGCCGGCGAGCCCGUAUGGUUUGGCUGUGAGGUCAGCAAGCGGUUUGCCUCCAAGCAGGGCAUCGAGGAUGUGGAUGUCCACGAUUUCAAACUGGUCUUUGACAUCGACAUACAAACGACAUUUUCCAAGGCGGAUCGUCUGAUUUACGGCGAAUCGGCCAUGACCCAUGCCAUGGUAUUCACAGCCGUCUCCGUCGAUAAAAGUGGCGUGGCCCAGAAGCUCCGCGUGGAGAACUCAUGGGGCGAAGAUCGUGGCGAGAAGGGCUACCUGGUGAUGAACGCCGACUGGUUCAGGGAGUUUGGAUUCGAGGUGGUUGUGGACAAGAAGUAUGUGCCAGAGGAUGUGCUCCGCGUCUUUAACAUGGUUCCGAUAGUGCUGCCCGCCUGGGAUCCUAUGGGAACGCUGGCGCAGUAAGCCAGCUGAUCAGCAUAUAUAUGUAUAUAUAUAUAUAGACAUGUAUGUAUGUAUAUAUAUAUUAUAUGUAGAUUUAUAUAUAUAUAUAUAUACGUAUAUGUAUAUAUAUUUUAAAUUACAAAAUAUAUACAAAGCUUUACGAGCUUUACCCCUAUUGGCAGCGAGGCCGAUAACUUUGUGUUUAGCCUAAGUAUAAAAGUUUUUCUCGGUUUAAUCUCCCAAAUUAUUUAGAACUUUGAAUAUACAGCGGGCAAUUGAAAAUAUAUACAUUACAAGCGAGAAAUAAAAGCAAAUUAA